GGUCUUGUCCGAGAGUAGUUACAUUCAAAGAACACUGCUAUAGAAGGCCAUUAGCAUUGUUUAGUAUACCGAGACUUGAGAAAACCAAAAAACAGAAGAAGAAGAGUUUUUCUUUAGUCCUUAAAAUGGUUAAAUUAAAAAUUAUUCUGAUUCAUUACAAUAAAGGAAUAAAGGUUCAUUAUUAUACUCAUUAGUCCAUUAAAAAGACUGGAAUUGAAUAUGGAAUUAUUUGAAAACAUAUUUUAAUGCCAUUUCGAGGUCUAGAAGAACUUGAAAAACUGUUCAUUCUUGUUCGUCUAGCAUGGAUACUAUGUUAUUAAGUUAUUACCCGAUAAAUUGCAACUCAAACUUGAGUUCGAAGUUCACUAAUUCAAUAUUUACAUUAUGAUUGUGAUGUCGAUGAUUAGACAAAACGAGACAUACUCAUUUCCAUUUUUAUCGAACCGUGAAAUCGUUUCCUCAAAUCGAUGGAACUGUAUUUUUGGUUGGUAGGCAGACAGACCCAGACUUCACUUGUGAGGUCAGGCUCAGGUGAAUGUCUGGAUAAUUAUUAUUAGCAGAAAAAGCUAGUGUAAUUAGUGCAAAUAAUCAGCGUUCUACCUUGAAGUGAAUUGGUUACUCACUAUACUUAUAAUGAUAAAGUCAGGGUCGCCUCACUGAGCUUCUUUUAAUCCCAGAAACAUUCAGAGCUAAGGAAUAUAAUACCUACUCUUUAUAUUUGGCAUACAAAAUGAACAAUCACAAUAAAUGUAAUGGACAAACAGGUAAGGAGGAAGAAUUUUUGGAAGUGAAAGUACCUGUCCCUUGGGGCCAUAUUGCAGGCAAAUGGUGGGGUUCUCAGGACGUCCAACCGAUCAUAGCGAUCCACGGGUGGCAGGACAACUGCGGCACCUUCGACAACCUGGCGCCGCGAUUGCGCAGCCGCGGUCUGUCUGUGUUCUGCGUCGACCUGCCCGGCCACGGCUUCUCUUCCCACAUACCGCAAGGGCAAAGCUACUAUCUCUUCUGGGACGGCGUGCAGUAUCUCAGGCGGAUCGUCAAGCACUUCGAUUGGAAGAACAUCAGCGUGAUAGGCCAUUCCUUGGGAGGAGGCAUAGCCUUCCUGUACGCCGCCAUUUUCCCGAACGAAGUCGAAAAGUACGUCAGCAUCGACAUAGCCAGCCCGAGCGUGCGCAGUCCGAAGAAGAUGGUCGACGUGCUGGGCAGCAGCAUGGACAAGUUUUUGGCGUACGAGAGCAAGCCGGUCCUGGAGGUGCCUUGUUACGACUACGAGGACAUGCUGGAUGUUCUGGUGGAUGCGCACGCAGGCUCGAUAAAUAGGUCGGGAUGCGAGAUAAUGUUGAAAAGAGGAAUGAAGUCAUCGAAGAACGGCAGCGGUUUCGUUUUCACGCGAGACCCCAGACUGAAAGUGUCAGCCGCCGGUUUCAUGACCAUCGAGCAAGUGUUGGAGUUCGCCUCGCGAAUUACCUGCGAGGUGCUCAACAUUCGGGCCAGUCCCGGCCUGAAAUUCGACAAUCCCGAGCACUAUACGGCCGUUUUAGAUGAAAUGGAAAAGAGCGCUAAGAGAUUGGAGCGGCAGGUGGUGGAAGGGACGCACCAUUUGCAUUUGAACGAUGCUGAUAGCGUCGCCCCUAUUAUAUGUGAUUUUCUGUUAGCUUAGGUUAAAUUAAUUCAUGGGCCUUUCCGACGACGGCUCUGAACUGUCAUCCUGGAACAACUUUUUUCACAAAAAUCUGUCUAAUUUACAGUUGAAACUGCCAAUGGGCGUGUACACCUUCGCAGAACUUUUAACUCAAACCAUGUUUAUAAUGAUCCUUUUAUA